AUGCGGCACCUGCUACUGUUCCUCGUCCUGGGAGCGACUCUCGCCCCGGGCACGUGGUCCGAGCUCGUCAGAUACUUGGAGGUCUCGGAGAACGCGAGGCCAGGCACCAGGGUCGGUUACAUCGACGCCGACAGUCCGCCCUAUUUGAUAGUGUCGGUCUCGGGGUCCGCGGUCGACUCGGACUUGAACGUGGAUUAUGGGACGGGGGAGAUUCGGACGAAGGUGCCGUUGGACCGCGAGACCAGGCCGUCCUACAGCCUGGUCGCCCUGCCGCAGAACAUUCAGGUGGUCGUGAAAGUGCUCGACGAGAACGACAACGCGCCGACGUUCCCGGUGGACCGCGUGGACGUCGAGUUCCCGGAGAACUCGCCGCGCGACGCGAAGAGGGCCCUGCCGCCCGCGAAGGACCCCGAUCUCGAUCAGUACUCGACCCAACGGUACGAGAUCGUCUCCGGGAACCACGGGGACGCGUUCAGGCUGUCCCCGCAUCGCGGCCGCGACGGCGUCCUCUACCUGGACCUACAGAAUUCCGGCUCCCUGGACCGGGAGGCUCGCUCGCAGUAUCACUUGGUGAUAGAAGCGCUGGACGGCGGCGCUCCGCCUCUACGCUCGAGGCUGCACGUGAACGUGACGGUACAGGAUGUUAACGACAAUCCGCCGAUCUUCAACCAGACGACGUACGUCGCGAGCAUACCGGAGAACGCGACCGUCGGCACGCCUGUGCUCGCGGUGAACGCGACGGACAGCGACGCCGGCGACAACGGCCGCAUCGAGUAUUCGAUCAAUCGCCGGCAAUCCGACCGCGAGGAGAUGUUUCGCAUCGAUCCGGAGACCGGCAUGGUGUACGUGAACAAGGCGCUGGAUUUCGAGUCUAAGGAACGGCACGAGCUGGUGAUCGUCGCUAGGGACUGCGGCGCGCAGCCGCUCGAGGCGAGCGCGUUCCUCUCGGUGAACGUUACCGACGUCAAUGACAAUCAGCCGGCGAUCACGGUGAUCUUCCUGUCGGACGACGCGACCCCGAAGAUCAGCGAGAGCGCGCAGCCCGGGCAGUUCGUGGCCAGGAUAUCGGUCAGCGAUCCGGACUCCAGGACCGAGUACUCGAACGCGACGGUCACGUUGACCGGCGGCGAGGGACACUUCGGCCUGGCGACCAGGGAGAACUACAUAUAUUUGGUCGUGGUCGAGAGGCCGCUCGACCGCGAGGAGAAACCCGUCUACGAUCUGUCGGUCGAGGCGACCGACGCGGGCACGCCGCCGCUCAGGGCCGUCCGGACCUUUCGGCUUCUCGUCACCGACGUCAACGACAACGCGCCGAAAUUCGUCCAGGAGAGGUACGAGGCCCACUUGCUGGAGGCAUCGGAGCCGGGCACCCCGGUGCUCAAAGUGACGGCCACUGAUCUCGACGAGGGCUCCAAUUCCGCCAUCAAGUACUCCCUGGUGAAUUCCACGUGGUUCGCGAUCGACGAGUCGUCCGGCCUGAUCACCACGAUCACUCACGUGGAUUGCGAGGCCGACCCCGCGCCGAUUUUAGUGGUGAUCGCGACGGAUUCCGGGUGUCCGCCGCUGAGCAGCAGUGCAACGGUUCGCGUCACGGUUCACGACCUCAACGACAACGAGCCCAUCUUCGAGAAGCCCCUGUACAACGCGACAGUGCCGGAGGACAUGCCCGUUGGACGCUGCUUUCUCAAGGAAAUUGGCAUUGUGAGAGAAAUGAAGCUAAAGAUGAUUCCUGAAACUAGUCAUCAAGUGAUCAUCCUACCAAUGUAG